CUGUCCUUACACGGCGAACAAUCGAUGCGCGUUGCAACCUUUUCCUUUCCUUAUCCCGUUUAUAUAGUACGGCGACUUCCGCCCUUGCCGUUAAAGCAGUGCGAUCAUGGCGGAGCGCGUUCAGCAGCCCCCAGCUAAACGGCUCUGCUGCCGACCCGGGUAUAGUACGACGUGUAGACAGGGGCAGCGAGCCGGUGGAACGGUAUGCGGCGGUUCUGGUUCUGGCCAAGGGGGAUCCAACAAAACCCAGAGCCCCGAGUCGCUCCUGGACAUCGCAGCGCGGAAAGUAGCGGAGAAGUGGCCGUUCCAACGGGUGGAGGAGCGUUUCGAGCGUAUUCCGGAGCCCGUACAGCGGCGGAUCGUGUACUGGUCUUUCCCGAGGAGCGAACGGGAGAUCUGCAUGUAUUCCUCGUUCAACACUGGCGGAGAGGAGAACGCGUCUAGCGGGGAGAACGUAGACGAGACGCGGUUACCGUUCCGCCGCGGCAUCGCAUUGCUGGAGAGCGGCUGUGUGGACAACGUAUUGCAAGUCGGUUUCCAUUUGAGCGGCACAGUAACGGAACCGGCCACACAGUCAGAACCCGAGAUGGUGUGCAGCGUAGCCAUUAGCUUCGACCGCUGCAAGAUCACCUCCGUAACGUGCGGCUGCGGAAAUAAGGACAUCUUCUACUGCGCCCAUGUGGUGGCGCUGUCACUGUACCGCGUACGGCGGCCCGAGCAGGUCAAACUUCACCUCCCCAUCUCAGAGACUCUAUUCCAGAUGAACAGGGACCAGUUGCAGAAGUUUGUGCAGUAUCUCAUCACCGUCCACCACACGGAAGUGCUGCCUACGGCCCAGAAACUGGCCGACGAGAUUCUCUCCCAGAACUCAGAGAUCAAUCAAGUACACGGGGCCCCGGACCCCACGGCGGGGGCCAGCGUGGACGAUGAGAACUGCUGGCAUUUGGACGAGGAGCAGGUCCAGGAGCAGGUCAAACUCUUCCUGUCCCAGGGGGGAUACCAUGGCUCGGGCAAACAGCUCAAUCUCCUGUUCUCAAAGGUACGGGAGAUGCUGAAGAUGCGGGACUCGAACGGCGCUCGCAUGCUAACGCUAAUCACAGAGCAGUUCAUGGCUGACCCGCGGCUGGCUCUGUGGCGGCAGCAGGGAACCACCAUGACGGACAAAUACCGACAGCUGUGGGACGAGUUAGGUGCCUUGUGGAUGUGUAUUGUGCUGAACCCCCACUGUAAGCCGGAACAGAAGGCCGCUUGGCUCAGGCAGCUCAAGAAGUGGAACAGUGUGGACGUGUGUCCCUUGGAGGACGGUAACCACGGCAACGAGCUGCCCAAUUUAACCAAUGCCUUGCCUCAGGGUGCACACGGCAACCAAGAUUCGGGCACCCGGCCCCACCGGACGGUUUUCACGCGAGCCAUCGAGGCAUGCGAUCUCCACUGGCAAGACAGCCACUUACAGCACAUUAUCAACGACGACCUCUACACCAACUACUGUUACCAUGACAACACUGAAAAUUCGCUCUUUGACUCUCGCGGCUGGCCCCUGUGGCACGAACACGUCCCUACGGCCUGCGCCAGGGUAGAUGCACUGAGAUCUCACGGUUACCCACGGGAAGCACUGCGAUUGGCCAUCGCAAUCGUCAACACCCUGCGCCGGCAGCAGCAGAAACAGCUGGAGCUCUUCCGAAACCACAAGAAAGAUCUGCUUCAUAAAGGGGUGACGUCCAUCACUAAUCUAGAGGGAUGGGUGGGACACCCUUUGGACCCCAUUGGAACGCUCUUCAGCACACUGAUGGAGACGGGCCGCGGGGAUGAAGACAGUUUGCAAGGCGGCUUUCUAGAUUUCUCAGCCAGCACAAUGAGCUCGAGCAAGCACAGCGAGCUGCACUUGUUUCCGUCCACGCGCCGCUUCCUGGAGGAGGGUGAGUCAUAUCUGGCCCUGGCGGUGGAAACGGCCCUGAUGGGACUGGGUCAGCAGAGAAUCAUGCCCGAUGGACUGUACGCCCAAGAGAAGGUGUGCCGCAACGAGGAGCACCUCAUCGCCAAGCUGCAGGAAGUUGACCUGGACGACACCCUGGUCAAGAUCUUCCGCAAGCAAGCUGUCUUCCUGUUAGAGGGUGGGCCCUACAGUGGUUUGGGAGAGCUCAUCUAUAGAGAGAGCGUUCCGAUGCACACGUUUGCCAAGUAUCUCUUCACAUGCCUCCUACCUCACGAUGCCGAACUGGCGUACAAAAUUGCACUGAGAGCAAUGCGGUUACCAGUGUUGGAAUCCACGGCUCCUUCGGGCGACAUGUCCCGGCCUCACCAUAUAGUAUCAGUCGUCCCCAAUCGUUACCCACGAUGGUUCACCCUCAGCCACAUCGAGUCCCAGCAGUGCGAGCUGGCCUCCACCAUGCUCACUGCAGCCAAAGGUGAUGCUCGACGGUUAGAGACAGUAUUAGAGUCCAUACAGAAGAACAUUCACUCCUCCUCUCAUAUCUUCAAACUGGCGCAGGAUGCCUUUAAGAUAGCAACGCUCAUGGACAGUCUGCCGGACAUCACUCUGCUGAAGGUCUCCCUGGAGCUGGGUCUUCAGGUAAUGCGUAUGACGCUUUCGACGCUCAACUGGCGGCGGCGAGAGAUGGUACGAUGGCUAGUCACAUGUGCCACAGAAGUUGGGGUCUACGCACUGGACAGCAUCAUGCAGAGCUGGUUCACCCUCUUCACUCCCACCGAGGCUACGAGCAUCGUGGCCACCACGGUCAUGUCCAACAGCACCAUCGUCCGGCUGCACCUGGACUGCCAUCAGCAGGAGAACCUGGCGAGCAGUGCGCGGACGUUAGCCCUGCAGUGCGCCAUGAAGGACCCUCAGAACUGUGCGCUGUCGGCCCUCACGCUCUGCGAGAAGGACCACAUCGCCUUCGAGACGGCUUACCAGAUCGUGCUGGACGCGGCCACCACGGGCAUGAGCUACACGCAGCUGUUCACUAUCGCGCGCUACAUGGAGCACCGUGGCUACCCCAUGCGUGCGUACAAACUGGCCACGCUCGCAAUGGCACAUUUGAACCUGAGCUACAACCAGGACACGCAUCCCGCCAUCAAUGACGUACUUUGGGCUUGUGCGCUCAGCCACUCGCUGGGAAAGAAUGAGCUCGCCGCUAUCAUCCCGCUGGUGGUGAAGAGCGUCAAGUGCGCCACUGUGCUUUCGGACAUAUUGCGACGUUGCACGCUGACCACGCCUGGCAUGGUGGCGCUGCACAGCCGCAGGAACUCUGGGAAGUUGAUGUCAUUGGACAAAGCCCCUCUAAGACAGCUUUUGGACGCUACGAUCGGGGCCUACAUCAACACAACGCACUCGCGGCUCACGCACAUCAGCCCACGGCACUACAGCGAGUUCAUCGAGUUCCUCAGCAAAGCCAGAGAGACUUUCCUCAUGGCACACGACGGACACAUUCAGUUCACGCAGUUCAUAGACAACCUGAAACAGAUAUACAAAGGCAAAAAGAAACUCAUGAUGCUCGUGCGCGAGCGCUUCGGCUAGUCCGCCUUUGUACGCUUUCUAAGUCAAAAAAAAAAAAAAAAAGAAACGACAAAAACAAUACGAACCACACCGGUAUUAUGUGUAUAGACUUACGUUUGCGCAAAAAAACGGAAAAAAAAGUGGAACGUUGUCAUGUUGUGGAAGUUUGUGUGUUUCCCCUUUAUUUGUGUGAAAGCGUGUGAGAGUAUGUCACGACGUUUCGGUUUACACUGAGUAUAUGUUGUCCAGUGGCGAAAGUCCACACAGCACUCCAGAUCUCUCUGUUAAACAUUCACAGCCUCAAAGUGAAGAAGAAAUAUGGCUUUAAACCAAACAACACCUCCAUCCUAAGUGACAAGUACCUCGUACGGCUUCAGCUUUACUCCUUCCUGAACCAGUCACACGUUACCAGUGUACUAAAGAAGUGUUAGAAACGAGAAAAACAAAAACACGUCUCCAUUUUUUGAGUUUCCUUUUCAGUUCACCAGGCUAAUUGCGUGGCUUUGCAGUGCUGUUUCGUCCAAAAGCAUGUCACACACACACGCUCUUCAACCCCAUUGUGCUUGCGCUUGUGGAAACUUAGCGACUGUCGACAUACAUCUCAGGGAUUCUCUUUGGAAAAAAAGGAAAAAAAAAAAAGAAGAAAAAAAUGGUCAUGAAAGAAUGAGAGCAUUUUAUUGUACUGUAUAUAUGAUAGUAUAUGUCUGAAUAUUGAAAAAAUGUAUACGUUAACUAAUUUAUAAAAAGAAUAUUCUAUGUAAUGCAAAAUACUUGAAGCUGCAGUACCUUGGUUUGAAACAAAACAUAUCAGAGGGACUAAAAGCGAGCCUCGGGCUGUGUUCGGAACGGAAGGCUAGCGCGCUGCUUACUGCGUGACAAAUAGUAUGCGAAUCAGUAGGCAUUAUUCCACAAUUAACGUUUCACGUGAUUUCAUGACGUUGCAUGUUUAAUUCAGUUCAUCUUGGAAAUGAAACUAGGUGUUUUUCACAUUUAAUCCAAUUUUAAAGCGCAUUGCAUUGCACAGUGUCCAUACUACACACUGCAGCCGCAGUAGCAGUACGCUAGCGUGUUAUUCCGAACACAGCCGUGCUGUCGAGGCUGGAAUCGGGCAGUGAACCUGUGUGCUGGGUAUCUAUGCAGAGCCACCUCCGAUGCACGAUCCAAGCGGUCUGGGAUGCGUUGGCGUAGACCCGACCGCGCAGGGCACCAGUGGUUUGGACGGACACCCAGUGAACCAGAGCAGCAAGCCUUAGCAUUAAGAAUUGGGAAUGCAAGAAACGCAGGCCCACGUGCCUCAAAAAACGCCUAGAAAUGUAGAUCCAACAGUAUCGAUGUUAACGCAAACAUGCCGAGCAAUUGGCCUGACGCUCUUGUUUCUUUCCACAAUAAUCGAGUCACGACGAAGCUCCAUUUUUAUGCACAAUAACAUGUACAUGCCUAUCUGCUGACAUCUUAACUUUGUGCAAGACAGAAAGUUGCUGUGUAGGUCUGACUGUUCAAACGUUUUUUAACGCUUUUUUUGUUUUGUUUUUUACGUUUCUUGUUUUUCUUUUUCUUUUUGUCGUUCCUAUAGGAUUCCUCAACGAAACGAAAACAGCCUUCUUUCUUGCCUUGUCUUAACGCUUUAAAAUAACCAAACUGGAGUUCUAACUACCAAACUUGUUCGUUAAAAAUGAAAGCCAACCGACUUUGGUUACAACUUUACUGUCUUUAAUUUUAGCUGAAUCGUUCUGUAUUCUGUGCUUUAAAAAGCAGUUUUCCUAUGUUUUUGGUGCAAAAACAUUGUCGAGUGUCCCCUUCCUUAGAGGUAUGUCUGUAGCUCUUUUUCUUUUUUUGUUCGUUUAGAAACAGAAAUAUCAUUUUUCUCCAUUUUAUUUAUUAUGAAAGGUAAACGAUUGUACUUCUUCACCCGUGUCAACAUUCUCAUGAAUUUGAAUUUAAGAUUUGAUACACCGAUAUCAAUUUAUUUAUGUAACUAAAUCACUGUUUUAUAAACUUGUUAAUGAUUCAACAUUUUUGUUUUAAUUAAAAUUAGUUUUUUGAGA